AUGGAUAGACGCACUCCAUAUACGCUGAGCGUUCUGGCACCCAGCACCGCCGGCGCAGAUGAGUCCCGCACGCUCACCGAGGGCCGGUUGCGCGAUUUCGUGCUGGAAUUCCAGCUCGACAAUGCAUUCAUCUAUCGUGAUCAAUUACGGCAGAAUGCCCUUGUGAAACAGUACUACUGCGACAUCGAUAUUGCCCACCUCAUCUCCUAUAACGAGGAGCUGGCUCACAAGCUCACCACUGAACCGGCCGAUAUCAUCCCUCUGUUUGAAUCGGCGCUGCAGCAGUGCACCCAGCGGAUUGUCUACCCGGGGCAGCGAGAUAUCACCCUUCCCUCCCACCAGCUGCUCCUUCACUCCUCCGCAUCACACAUCUCGAUCCGCGAUCUCAACGCUACCAAUAUUUCUCAUCUUGUCCGAAUUCCCGGAAUCGUGAUUGGUGCGUCCACUAUCUCGUCCAAGGCGACCACCGUCCACAUCCGAUGCAAGAGUUGCGACCACAGCGAGACUAUUCAUGUCGAUGGAGGCUUUUCUGGGUUGUCUUUGCCCCGACGCUGCGCCCGCCCCAAGGAACCCGGCGAGGAACCCAAUCAGCAAUGUCCCCUGGAUCCUUACGUGGUUCACCAUGAAAAGUGCCAGUUCGUGGACCAGCAAGUCCUGAAGCUGCAAGAGGCCCCCGAUCAGGUCCCAGUGGGUGAACUGCCAAGACACGUCCUCAUUUCGGCAGAUCGGUACCUGGCAAACCGAGUCGUUCCUGGUUCCCGCUGUACGGUGAUGGGAAUUUUCUCCAUCUACCAGGCCAAGGGUGGCAAGAAGGAGGCCGCUGUGGCCAUCCGGAACCCGUACCUGCGAGCAGUGGGUCUCAACACCGAUAUGGACCAAACAGCCAAAGGCAACUCUAUCUUCUCCGAAGAAGAGGAGCAAGAGUUUCUCGAACUCAGCCGCCGACCCGACUUGUACGAUGCUCUUGCUAGAAGCAUUGCUCCGUCCAUUUACGGCAACCCGGACAUUAAAAAGGCGAUUGUUUGUCUGCUGAUGGGAGGUUCAAAGAAAAUCCUUCCGGACGGAAUGAAGCUUCGCGGUGAUAUCAACGUGCUCAUGCUGGGUGACCCCGGUACCGCCAAGUCUCAGCUGCUGAAGUUUGUGGAGAAAGCAGCACCAAUUGCCAUCUACACCUCCGGUAAGGGCUCUUCGGCCGCCGGUUUGACCGCUUCAGUGCAGCGAGACCAGACUACGCGCGAGUUCUACCUGGAAGGCGGUGCGAUGGUCCUUGCGGAUGGCGGUGUGGUCUGUAUCGACGAGUUCGAUAAGAUGAGAGAUGAGGACCGGGUGGCCAUUCACGAGGCAAUGGAACAGCAGACCAUUUCGAUCGCCAAGGCGGGUAUCACAACGAUCCUCAACUCCCGGACAUCGGUCCUGGCCGCAGCCAAUCCGAUUUUUGGCCGAUACGAUGACCUGAAAAGCCCUGGCGAGAACAUCGAUUUCCAGACGACCAUUCUGUCGCGUUUCGAUAUGAUCUUUAUUGUUCGCGAUGACCACGAGCGCGGCCGCGAUGAGAAAAUCGCCCGACACGUUAUGGGCGUACACAUGGGUGGUCGAGGCUUUGAGGAGCAGGUCGAGGCCGAAAUCCCAGUCGACAAGAUGAAGCGAUACAUCAGCUACUGCCGGAGCCGCUGUGCCCCUCGUCUCUCCCCAGAGGCUGCUGAGAAACUCUCGUCCCAUUUCGUGUCGAUCCGCAAGCAAGUCCACCGUGCCGAACUAGAAGCCAACGUCCGGUCUUCUAUCCCGAUUACCGUGCGUCAGCUUGAAGCCAUUGUCCGUAUUUCCGAGUCUCUUGCGAAACUGUCGCUCUCACCGAUCGCCACCGAGGCCCAUGUGGAUGAGGCCAUCCGUCUCUUCCUUGCGUCGACCAUGGACGCCGUCACGCAAGGUGAGGGUGCAGGCAGCAAAGAACUCAUGGAGGAGUGCAGCAAGAUUGAAGACGAGCUGAAGCGCCGCUUGCCCAUUGGCUGGAGCACAAGCCUAGCGACGCUGCGUCGCGAAUUCGUUGACGGACGCGGCUACACCGAACAAGCGCUCAAUCGGGCCCUCAUGGUCCUCCAACGGAGGGAGACGGUACAGAUCCGGUCUGGCGGGUCCCAAGUCUACCGCAACGGUGUCUAA